AUGGGCAUCUCCUUAAGCUCAGCAACACUCCCAGGUCCCAAAUAUCCUGUCUCCAAAUUCGCUGCAGCCCUCCCAGCAAAUCUACCAUUCCCUCCCUCGGCGAGAUCGAUCGUCAUCCCCGCUUCAAACUCUAGCUCUUCCGCCUCGAACUCCUCUUCAAACGCCAACACCACUGCCUGUGCAACGGGAGUCCACAUGAUCGUCGCGCGAGCCUCAACCGAACAACCAGGCCAAGGCAUAAUCGGCGCCGUAGCCACACAAGUCCAACAACAGCUUCCCGGCUCCGAUUCCGAAGCCGUCGACUACCCUGCCACCUUGACCGAUUACCUGAAUUCCGAAGCGAGUGGAGUAGCAGCCAUGACAAAGCUGGUAGAGAACUAUGCGGUGAGGUGUCCGAAUAGUAAGAUGGCGCUUUUGGGGUAUAGCCAGGGAGCGCAGGUUGUGGGGGAUAUGAUGUGUGGGACUAGUGAGGCGAACUUUAAUACUACGAAGCCUAUUUCUGCUGCGGCUUCUAAAAAUAUCGUAGCAAUAAUCCAAAUGGGCGACCCCGCACAUAUGAUCAACCAACCCCAAGACGUCGGCAACUCGACCCAAAACGGCAUUUUCCCUCGUAACAAUACUGCUACUGCUUGCGCUUCAAUGGAGCCUCUUACGCAGAGCUAUUGUAAUUCCGAUGAUAGGUUUUGCGACAGUGGAACUUCCAUUGCGGUGCAUCUUGCGUAUGUGCAACAGUUUGGGACCACGGCCACCAAGUUUAUCAUUCAGAAGGUUGGAGGGAAUGCAACUUCAACUUCGAGCGGGAACGGGACGUUGACGGGAAGCAGUACGAAUGGAACGAGUAGCAGUGCCGUGCCUAAGAGUGAUGCGAACGGGUUCGAGGGUGUUUCAUGGGGGUUGGUGGCGUGUUCGUUUGUGAUUAUGUUGAUGCUGUAG